AUUUCCUAUCGGAUAGAAAAGUUUCACGUAGGUGCGCCAUAGAGGAACGUUUCCCAAAUAAAGAUAACUCCCACCAGUAGUUCCUUUGCUUGAUCAGUAGCGUGGCCACACCAAUCGGCGAUAUCAACAAUGGCCACUCUCGCUGACUUUUCUCUUCUUCGUUCUACACCCUCUCUCGUUCCCCCAUUCUCCAAACCCAACCCUAAAAUCACUACCCGCCGGCCGUUAAAACUCUGUUGCUCAAUCACAGACCAAUCCACUACAAUUUCUUCUUCUAAACUGGGCGGAGAAACCCAAUCCAAUGGCGGCCAUUCCGCUCCGCUAGACUGCGUGAUUGUAGGAGGUGGAAUUAGCGGUCUCUGCAUCGCUCAGGCUCUCGCCACCAAGCAUCGCGAUGUUGCUGCUAAUGUCAUUGUCACUGAGGCCAGAGAUCGCGUUGGUGGCAACAUUAACACCGUCGAAAGAGACGGUUAUCUUUGGGAGGAGGGCCCCAAUAGUUUCCAGCCGUCAGAUUCUAUGCUCACAAUGGUGGUGGACAGUGGAUUAAAGGAUGAUUUAGUUUUGGGGGACCCUAAUGCCCCGCGUUUCGUGUUGUGGGAUGGGAAAUUGAGGCCAGUACCAUCUAAGCCAACUGAUUUGCCAUUCUUUGACUUGAUGAGCAUUGGUGGGAAACUUAGAGCUGGCUUUGGUGCUCUUGGACUAAGACCUCCACCACCAGGACAUGAGGAGUCAGUUGAAGAAUUUGUCCGUCGUAACCUUGGUGAUGAAGUUUUUGAACGUUUGAUAGAGCCAUUUUGUUCAGGUGUUUAUGCUGGCGAUCCUUCAAAACUGAGUAUGAAAGCAGCUUUUGGAAAAGUUUGGAAUCUGGAGCAAAAUGGUGGUAGCAUCAUUGGUGGCACUUUCAAAGCAAUCCAACAGAGAAAUAAAACACCCAAGCCUCCUCGAGACCCGCGUCUACCAAAACCGAAGGGCCAAACAGUAGGAUCUUUUAGGAAAGGACUUACCAUGUUGCCUGAUGCAAUUGCAACCAGGUUGGCUAGCAAUGUUAAAUUAUCAUGGAAGCUUUCAACUAUUACCAAAUUGGAUAAUGGAGGUUAUAGUUUAACAUAUGAAACAUCUGAAGGAUUGGUUUCCCUGCAGACCAAAAGUGUUGUCAUGACAGUUCCAUCACAUAUUGCAAGCAGUCUCUUGAAUCCUCUUUCUGCUGCUGCUGCAGAAGCCCUUUCAAAAUUUUAUUAUCCACCAGUUGCAGCAGUGUCCAUUUCAUAUCCAAAAGAAGCCAUUCGGACAGAAUGCUUGAUUGAUGGUCAGCUUAAGGGGUUUGGUCAGUUGCAUCCACGCAGCCAAGGGGUGGAAACCUUAGGAACCAUAUACAGCUCGUCACUUUUUCCGAAUCGAGCACCAGAUGGAAGGAUUUUACUUUUGAACUACAUUGGAGGGGCUACCAACCCUGGGAUUUUGUCCAAGACACAGAGUGAACUUGUAGAAGCAGUUGACCGGGAAUUAAGAAAGAUGCUCAUAAAACCCAAUGCAAAGGAUCCAUUUGUACUAGGUGUGAGAGUGUGGCCUCAAGCCAUUCCACAGUUCUUGAUUGGUCAUUUUGAUAUCCUAGAUGCUGCAAAAGGUGCUCUGAGGGAUAAGGGCUUGGAAGGGCUGUUUCUGGGCGGCAACUAUGUAUCUGGUGUAGCUUUAGGCCGGUGUGUGGAAGGGGCUUAUGAAGUUGCUGCUGAAGUGACCAAUUUCCUUUCCCAGUAUGCUUAUAAAUAGCUUUAGGGUACUUGGGUUAUUGUUAUGGUUUCUUUGCGGCUGUUCUGUGAAGUUCUUGAGUAUAUUAUUUUGCAGGAGAUUUAAUUUUUGUUUAGGUCUUCUGGGUCAUUUCAAAUAAUGAUAGUAAUAAUUUCGUCAUUUAAUACAUCUGCUAAUUCAAUGGUUA